AUGAAUCAGCUUUGGGAUCCUGUCAUGGCUGAUGCUGGGGAUGGACAUACAACUGCCAUGGUCUUCCAGUGCAAUGUAGCCUAUUGGAUGGCUGAUGGCUCCUACAAGGUUGUAGCUGGUCAGGGCUCCUUUCAGAAGUUGCGGGGCUCAUCUUGCCAGUUUCGGCUUCAAGUGGAUGGAGCUUGUGACUCCACCGUCUCUCACUUGUAUUUGCCGCCUCUAGCCGACUGGAGUAUUAACAAAACAAGAGCCGUUCAGACGAUGAACGGUGCUCAUGGACCGCAGAGAGCCUUGGUUGAUGUUGUGACGUUUGCGGGAAGCUUUACCAUUACGAAACUCCAAGUUACAAUGCCGUUCCACGGUGAAAACAGGCGCGUUGCAAAGCUGUUCCGUCCUGCUCUUAUUCAUGCCGACCAAUCCAAGCGUGAAGCGAUGGCCUAG